AGGAGUUAGAGCGAGCAAGAGUUUCGUUGGGAGAGAAGAGAAUGUCAUCAGAGAGCGAAUCAGAGUGUCGAAAGUUGGGUUCGGAGGAGAUUUCGCGCGAGUUCAAAACCCUAGUCAGUUCCAACGAUCUCCACUCCCUUAACCACAUGCAACACACUAUAUUAGGAAGGUUGCAGGACAGCAAUGCGGUGUUGUCGCAUUUCAAUGACUUCUCUCAGCAUUGCUUUGCUGAGAUUUCCGGUGACAUCGCUAGAAACACGCGUGUGUUGAAAUCCGUCAAGUCUGACCUCGAUUACAUCUUUCAGAAACUCAGAAGUAUGAAGUCAAGAAUUAUGGCAACUUAUCCUGACGCGUUUCCUGGAGACUCGAUGAGCGAAGAAAUCGAUAGGAGACCAGAUCUUGAAAUGCCAAAGUAAUUAAUGAUGUUAUCAGAACAUGCAAAUUAGAACAAAUUAUAUUUUGUUUCUUUUUUUCUUGGCAAUGAACAUUAACUAUUUGUUCCCAAUGGUUUCA